AAUAUAAAAUGAUGGCAACAACAUUCUUGUCUUGCGCCGCGAGUCUGCGCAGAAAAUAAAAAAAAAUAAUAGGAAAAGAAAUGGCAGUUACUAGAGAGAAAGAAAAUUGUUCAAGAAAAAUUAAUGGAAAUAUACCUGCAUUAUCUAUCAAUAGUGAUAAUAUGUCGACGUCGACGGACAGUGACGACGUAGCGGACCCGACGUAUGAAAUUAGGAACAUUCAAAGCAUCAUAAACGUAACCCGUGAAAACAUUGACGCUCUGAAUGCAAAAUUUGCUGGUUUCCAGCAUCCCCCGUCAUUGUAUUUAUCUGAAUAUCAGGAGCUAACGUCAAAGUUGCAUAAUUUAGAGUUACGAGAACGAACUUUACGUGAAUUGCUGCAGUGUGAAUCGCCGGAUAGAAGUGAGGAGUACUCGAUACAGGAUGACAGUAAAAAGUUCGAUACUCUUACGCGGCAACCGAAGGUGUUCCUGCGGGCGCACCUGCCGAACCAGCAGCGGACGAGUGUGCAGGUGAAGGAGGGCGUGACGCUGCGGGACGCGCUCUCCAAGGCGCUGAAGCUGCGCAACCUGACUUGUGAGAUGUGUGAAGUGGUGCGGACAGGCAAUGACCUAGUGAUACCGUGGGACAUCGACAUUACUAUGAUCGACGCCGAGGAGGUGACAGUACGGACAUUGGACAAGCUCCCGAUAAUGUCCCACAUAUCUCACCAGUUCACUCGGAAGACGUUCUUUACGCUCGCCUUCUGUGAGUGCUGUAGGCGACUGCUGUUCAACGGCUUCUACUGCUCGCAGUGCAACUUCAAGUUCCACCAGCGAUGCGCCGACAAAGUGCCCAGUAUCUGUCAUCAGGUGCGUAUGACGGACACGUACUACGCAGCCCUGUUGGCACAGAACCCUGAGACACAGGCUGGCAUCCUGCACUUCCCUCCACACUUCGGAUACCAUCACAUGAUCUCCAGAACCGACCAGAGCAAGUCUAUCUCUCCAGCAAAGAAAAUGAAGGAGUUUGAUGUCCACUGGCACCAGCACCCGCGCUCCUUGAACCAGCAGGACAGAUCCAACUCCGCUCCAAAUGUCUGCAUUAACAUGGUGCAGAGACCUAUGACCCUCGCUGAACACCAGAGGAAGCAUAACCAGGGUAGCAACAACUCGCCGCAGUCCUCGAACUACCUGACUUCGGGCAGACACAAACAGGAUGACAAGGACAAGGCCGUAGACCAGCAGCACAGCCAGAGUACACAGGCGUCUCCGACGGGCACGCUAAGGCCGAGGCGUGCGCGUGCGCGCUCUGCGGACGAGUCGUGGAAGAACGCGCUGUCGCCGCGUGAGAGCUACGACGACUGGGUCAUACACGCCGACGAAAUACUCAUCGGGGCUAGGAUAGGGUCUGGCAGUUUCGGAACAGUGUACAAGGCCCACUGGCACGGCCCCGUGGCUGUGAAGACCCUCAAUGUGAAGACUCCUACACCUGCUCAGCUACAGGCCUUCAAGAACGAGGUGGCAGUCCUCCGUAAAACCCGGCACUGCAACAUCCUUCUCUUCAUGGGGUGCGUGUCGAAGCCGUCGCUGGCGAUAGUGACGCAGUGGUGCGAGGGCUCGUCGCUCUACCAGCACCUGCACGUGCUCGAGACUCCCUUCCCACUGCUCUACCUCAUCGACGUCGCGCGACAGACCGCGCAGGGCAUGGACUACUUGCAUGCUAAGAAUAUUAUUCAUAGGGACCUGAAAUCAAACAACAUAUUCUUGAGAGACGACUGGUCUGUUAAGAUUGGAGAUUUCGGUCUAGCCACGGCCAAGGUGCGGUGGUCCGACACGUCUACAGCGGGCGGUAUCCAGUGGCAGCAGCCGACGGGCUCGAUCCUGUGGAUGGCCCCCGAGGUCAUCCGCAUGGAGGAGCCCGCGCCAUACACCUUCCGCUCCGACGUGUACGCGUACGGGAUCGUGCUCUACGAGCUCAUGGCAGGGGAACUGCCUUAUGCACAUCUCAAUAACAAGGAUCAGAUCCUCUGGAUGGUGGGCCGUGGUUUCCUGCGACCUGAUGCUCGCCGCGUGCGCCAGGACGCGCCGCAGGCCCUGAAGCGUCUGUUCGAGGACUGUAUCAAGUUCGACCGAGAGCAACGUCCUCUCUUUCGUCAAAUCCUGGCCUCGCUAGAGUCCAUGCUGCGCGCCAUGCCUAAGAUCACGCGCAGUGCCUCCGAACCGAACCUCAACAGACAACUGCACGCCUCCGACGACUACCUCAGCUACAGUUGCGCCUCGCCCAAGACACCGGUCAACUUCCAGUUCAACACCGACACCAGUUUCCCAGCAUUUUAUGGCAUCCCAGUGCCCAACCAGCGGCACCCGUAGGGGUUGCUGAAGGGCUACGACUAGCCUCGCAGCGCUAGCGGCGCCCCCGCCGGGGCCGGCGCCGCGCGCGCUGCGUAGUACUGUAGUCUCGGGAGUUGGUUACGCUAGCCAUGGUCUGUAUCACACGACACUAGUCUCAGGCACGCGACACGUAAUGCUCGGCUCGCGUUCACGGUUCAGUGCGUCACAGACGUGUUCGCUAUCGGACCAGUGAGAUCUUUCGAAGGAAACAUCUCGACUAGUCUACUAGUGAACUGCAGUGUUAUAGCGGCCUUAGCUAGAAUAUCGAACUGUUUUGGAAACCAAUUCGUGUAUAGUUAAUUAUUUCAGUGUAAAAUGUGAUAAUGCCGAAGGACAAAUGUGAGACAGUAUUUUAUGUGUGGCUUACGACAUAGUUUCUAUCGGGAGUUGUGAUGGCUGUCUGAAGAGCGCAAGAUAAUGAGCUUCAAACGCGAUGCUGUUCAACAGUUGGUUUAACUUAGUCAAGAAUCAGCUGGGACUUUGAACAAGCCGAUGUAUUUGCGACGCUAUGACCAUUGUACCUGUACCAAAAUCACUAUUAUGAAUGUAUGAUGACUGGCCAAGUAAACAUAUCUUUUCUCUCCAUUUUCUGUGGCUAAUCCUUAUUUAAUUUUGUUAACUUACUUUUAUUGUGACUUUUAACAAUUCAUUUACUUACUAUUUGUGACAACGUAAUCUCAGUUUAUGACAUCAAUAUUACAUAUUCUCUCGGCCUCAGUAACGUAUCGCAUCAUCACUAAUGAUUUUGGUAGUCAGGUUGGUUAUAGCAGUCAGUCGGAAUAAGGUUCUACUGUCGAUAUGUUCACGAUCUCGGAAUGUAUUUAUCAUUAUUUAUUGUAUAAUUUAUUGAAAAUUAUUUAUUAUUGUUUUCCAUCCAAAAUUGACGCGAUCUAAAAAUUACAUGUCGCUCAAAAUGUGACUCGUUCUUAGAAAGUAUUUGUUUGAAAAAUAUUGGUUUCUCUACCUACACAAUAUUACUGAUUGUGUCUCAUAAUUGUACAGGAUAGAUGUAAGAAAUCUAAGAAAUCAUCGCAAAUUAACCAAUUCUAAAGAAAAUGAAAUAUUAUAGUAAAACUCGCCUUUAUAGUAGAUUACUUAUAAAUAUUUGCAUGCAUCUGAGCGAAAGUGAGCGGUGUUUACUAGCGUGUAAGGACGAUAAUAUCUUGAUGUUCUAAAGCAGUCUUAUGAAACCGUACAUAGUAACUACAAUCAUGUUUGACAGCAAAAUCAAGUUGGUAUGCAAUAAAAUCACAUUCAUGUGUUAGACUGGACCUGCCGAGGGCAAUAUCUAUUGUUAUUUACUAAAUUACGUUAUUACCUAGUCGCUGAGAAAGCGACGCAGGCGCACCGGUCGAAAUGGACGUUAUUUUUCUGAUAAAAAUGAAAUAUUUUUGUAUUAUCUCAAUACAUCAUUAAGUGAUAGUAAUAAUGUAUGUUUUAAAAGUAUUAUUUGUACGAUAUAGUUGUAACCGAGUCGUGUUGAGACAUAAAUAUAAUUUAUUCGUAAUUAUUGUAAAUAAUUAAUUGUAAUAAAGACCAUAGUUUAAUGUCGGAACACUAAGAAUCUUGUGUAUACAGUAUAAUUAAUUUUAACGCAUAACUAUUAACUCUAAGAACACAAUAAAUUAUUGUUUCAAAUUA